UUGAGCUCUUCAAAUAGAACGUGGCCACGAGCACAUUGGUGUCAGUCGGCCGUAGGGACAGAACAAGACGUUUCACAAGAAGUGGAAAGAGCACCUCGGCACAAUGAAGUCCUUCAUCGGAGUUUUACUCUCUUGCCUUUCAUUUAUCCUGGUGGAUAUCUCCGACUGCUAUAAUGUUAUUUAUCCAUCGCAGAUUUUAGCCCAAAGUUACGCACAAAGAAGAAAUGAUGCAAAUCCAUCCAACUCCAGAUUAUCACAAAGGACGCUGAAUCCAGCAGCUACAGAUUCUCACUGUAGGAGCCGCCCGUUGGACCUUAUCUUUAUCAUAGACAGCUCUCGCAGCGUGCGUCCAGGUGAGUUUGAGAAGGUUAAGGUCUUCCUUUCGGACAUGGUGGACACUCUGGACAUCGGCGCCGACGCCACUCGGGUCGCCGUGGUGAACUACGCCAGCACUGUGAAAAUCGAGUUCCUCCUCAAAGACCAUCUGAAAAAGGGAAGCAUGAAGCAUGCGAUCAGUAUCAUCGAACCCCUGGCUGCGGGCACCAUGACCGGUCUGGCCAUCAAGAAAGCCAUGGAAGAUGCCUUCACCGAGCAAUCAGGGGCACGGCCGAAAUCACAGAACAUCACAAAGGUGGCCAUCAUUGUUACGGAUGGGCGUCCUCAGGAUCAGGUGGAAGAAGUGUCGGCUACAGCCCGAGCCUCAGGGAUCGAGAUCUACGCCGUGGGCGUGGACCGGGCCGACAUGCGGUCGCUCAAGCUCAUGGCCAGCAACCCACUAGAAGACCACGUGUUCUACGUAGAGACCUACGGCGUCAUCGAGAAGCUCACGUCCAAGUUCAGGGAGACGUUGUGUGGUGUAUCCCCAUGCAAAAUAGGACACAGCUGUCAACACAUCUGUGUCGGAAGCGGCAUGUCCUAUUACUGCAAGUGUCGUCCCGGUUAUGUCUUAAAUGAAGACAAGAGAACAUGCUCCAUCGGCAGGGACGGUGGACGUGAUGGUCAUACCGAUGGUGCAGGCAAUGGACAUGAUGAUGGUGACAACGAUGGUGAAAGUAGCGUCAGUUUCGAUGCUUGUGCACUGGGUCAUGACUGUCAGCACACAUGUGUGAGCAGUGGCUCCUCCUAUUACUGCACCUGUCCUCCAGGCUUUGUCUUGAUGCAGGACAAGAAAUCUUGUUUCAAGGCCAGUGUCGGUGCUGAUGAUGACGGUAGUGCCAGUCUGGACCAGUGUGAGAUGGGACAUGACUGUGAGCACAAUUGUGUCAGCAGUAAUGGCUCCUAUCACUGCGAAUGCUGGAGGGGCUUUGUCUUGAAUGAAGACCAGAAAAAUUGUUCACGUCUGGACCAGUGUGGGCUGAGACACGACUGCGAGCACAUUUGUGUCAGCAGCGUUGACUCCUAUCACUGUGAAUGCCGGAGAGGUUUUGUCUUAAAUGAAGACGAGAAAACUUGUUCACAGCUGAAGGUGGAGAUGGUUCAAGAUCCGUGUCACUGUGAGGCCAGACUGGCUUUCCAAAGUCAGACACUAAACUCCAUCCAGGCCCUCAACGGCAAACUAGCAGACAUCACCAAGAAAGUAGAGCAAGUGGAAAGGAUGAUGUCCCGAAAGUGAUCGUUCCUUCGCGACGCUACAUUAUGGACCACACUGACCUCCGGCACAGCAACCUCCAGAGCUUUAAUACCUCAAUACACCUGGAAUACUAUGAGCUAAUGUUCAGACUGCGCUUAUUUCACUGUUAAUUUGAGUGUCAUUGGCUUGUAACCAGUAAUACAGGCAAAAGAAAAUUUAUUGUAAAGAAAAAUAGUUUAGUGCAAAAGUUUGUGCACCUCUCACGGUUUCUAGGUAAUAUACUUGACGGUUUAUCUUUUAAAAAAAUAAAUCCAAAAACGUACACCAAUUAACAAAAAGUGCACAAAUUAUAAUCCUAUGGUCAGUAAGAAAGUUAGUGGAGAAAAGAAGAAGCAAACUUCUGCACUAAUCUCAUCUAGUCUUUUUUUUUUUUUUUUUUUUUUUUAACUGUUAAAAUCUUCUUACUUCUGUCAGUAAGGGAACAUUUGUGACUGAACACACUAGAUGCCUUAUAUAUUUUUGUGCAAAUGUUUGCAUUCUACCGUAAAUCUGAAUUCUGAAAAAAAAUACGAAUAGGUUUGCUAUCUAGAAAUUGAUAUAUGAUGUGCGUAUUUACAUUUUCGGAUCAUGUAAUGGUAAUUUAGUUUCUGUUAAGAAGGUAGUAUUGACAGUGAUGUACCUAGAUGU